UUCACUACAUUUUUGUCGAAUCGUCGUUGAGUAUUGGUGGACGUGUCGCGUGUACGCGUUGUUUGCGUGAAAUUAGUAAAGCAGAGUUUGGUAUCUAUUAUUAAAAAUAUAGUGUAAAGCAAAAAAACCAAAGUAUACCUAGCUACGUACACUUUAAUUUACACAAAUAUACUCAAAAUAUAUGUACGAAUAUUAAAACAAAAGUUUCGUAACCUAGACGUACUCGUACAUACACGGUUGUCGGUCGGUCGCAAAGUCAUAGUUGAUAAAAUUUUCACAAUAUCGAAAACCACAAGUUACGUUAUGGUUAAUAGUGAAACAAUUGAAAAGUAUGUAAAUUUAGAAAUAUGAAUACCUAAAAAGUCGUAUACCGACCAAAAUUAUAGUUAUUUGACAAGUUGAAUAUCUGAGAAAAUAAAAAAUCAAGUAAAUGGUGAACAAAUGUAGCUGUGAGAGCUAUUGGAAAGGCGGAUACGGCUAAGAGUGUAGAAUGUAGUUAAAAAAAUAAGUAAAAACAACGAACAAAGUGAUUGUGAAGCUUCAAUUGCAAAUGUUUGUAUUGCAUUUUCAGCUCUUGGUUUGAGAAAGUGCAGCAAAGGUACAACACAACAAGACCGGAGCAGUCAUUACUGCGCACAGAGUGACUAUGCUUGUUCUUCAACUUUGGUUUCAAAUUUAGUGUUAAACAAACAAAAAAUAAAUCGAAUUGUAAAUAUUAUAAUAUAUUCAGUAAAUUAUAUUAGUAAUUUAAACGAAAAAAAAAUAUCUUAAAUACACUAGUAACCCUUAAAGUACACAGAUUAAAACGACACUAAUACGAUUUGAAAAAUCUUACCCUUAAGUUUUAAUCCAACAAAAUAAAACAAACAAAAUAAACAAAAAAAAAUACGAUGUAAACAAAAUGGAAAAAAGUUAAUAUCAACGUCAGCAGCGUUAAAAUUGCCAACAGAUAAAUUAAAAAUAAAAACCAAACUCAAACUGAGUCGAGAAUAUAUCGAGUAAUAUACAUACAUACAUAUGUACAUUUGCAAACAAAAUAACGGAGCAAAGAUAUAAAAUCAAAAGGAAAUGCCGGCAGCAUAAAAAGUAAAUAAAUAAACAUAAAGAAUACGAAUGACGAAUGAAAUUGUUGCUGCAGCGGCGUUACCAAUUGACGUACACACACCGACAGCUGACAGCAAAACAAGUCUGAGUGGAAAGACAACAAUAACAACACCACCAUCAACUGCACUUUUGGCAGUGAGACCCAAGCGUGCAAAUCGCUGUGGAGGACGUUUAGCGAAAUUGAAUUCGACAACGGCAACAACAACAAAUUGUUAUAAUUCGUACGAACGCGAUACGGCGCAUCGACCAACACUUUCAACGGCAAUAACAGCGACCGACGAGUAGACGUGGCGAUUUCAUUGUAUUGCAUUUAGAUUGCAAAGAAUUUUUGCAUUACAUCGGUUAGCGAAUACAAAUGAAAACGUCGUUUGUGAACGCGUCCGAUUUCGACUACUCCAGUCGCCCCGUGUACGAGGGCGAACAACGGCGCGUACUUCAAUACGAGCAGGAACUGCACCAGCAGCAGCAACAGCUGCGGCAGGAGCAAGUGCAAGUAGAGCAAGACGAGGCCCUGCAUCAGCAGCAAGAACAAGAACAUACUCAUAACCAUCAGUCGCCAUAUUUGCAUCAUAAUCAUCAACAACGGUCUCGUCAGCAGCAGAGACAUCAGGACGACAAUCAGUCGCAAUCGCAACAGAGAUCGCACCAUUGGCAACAACAACAAGCAAGGUCUGCCGCUACCGCAUCAACAAUUGUUUAUCCAUCCUCGUCGCAUAUAAAACACUCGCCGAGUAGUUUUAUUGACGCUGAUAAAAAACAACCACAACAACAACAGUAUUCUAAUCGACGUGAGAGUACAGUCAUUACUGAAGCUAAAGUAGAGAGCAGAGACAACGCGAGCGGUACUCGUAAUUUAGCACAGAGUGUUAUUUAUAUCGACGACAGUAAUUGCGAUCAGCCUCAGGAUCAGAGACAGCCACUAAAAGAGAGCAACGACGAUAAUAGUAUCAACAAUAGCAACGUAAGCAACAGUAAGUUUGUAAAUAAUAAAAACGGUGCAAGUGUACCCAAUACUACGACAAAAAAGCAGCAAGCGUCAACAAUACGUUAUCCCGGAGCAGCCGAGUCUAGCAAAUAUCAACAGCACCAAAGGCAGCAGUUGCAGCAACAAAAAUCGUCGAGUAAACGCAAACGCGAAACAGCAAGUACUGAAAUCUAACCCGCAAACCAAGCGCAGCCUAACAACACACACAUGCCAAGCUAAAAAGUAACACAACUGAGUGGUGAAAGGGGGAGCAAGAUUCAUCGUUAAUUUAUAUGUUCAAUAACUUCUGUGCGUCGAUACCGAUGUCGCUGAUAUUUAUUUAUACUAUUUCACGAAAAGCAAUAGCGUUGGAGUCAUCAAAGUCAUCGUUAACAAAACCGACUACAAUGUUGGGGUUGGCGUUGACGUUGACGUUGACGACGACUGU